AUGAUGUGUGAACAUGACUGGGACAAGUUACCAGACUCUACCAGAAUGGCCUUGAUCCGAUUUCAAACUUUGAGAAACGCAUGGAAGCGUCACGCCUGGGACCAGGAAGAUGGCAGAAGGCCGCAACUGGCGGUGUACGCCGUGGAGAGAACCGCAGGCGAAUUACGGAAGGAAGCUAAACCCUCUGAGAUUCUCCCCCAGGAAUUAUGCCGAUUCCGGGUUAGGAAUACUGACGAAGCCCGUCCCCAAGGGUUCGAUAUUCGAGAUCAACGUAAGCACCUCCAGAUACUUCGAACGCAGGACCUCCCGGAAAUUUCGCACCAACGCUUGCGUUGGUACGCUUUCGAAAAGUGCCGCCGGCCAUUCCAACCCUCGACCAACUCCCAGGCUCAAGACACGCUCUGGGAGGACAAAGUUCUCGAAGGCAACUUCACGAAACACUUCCGAUCUGAUGAUCUUCUCCUAGCCGUGCGCCUCGGGGACGCCCACCCCCACCGGUUCUGGAGCCCCUGGAAGGAAGAAAAAACCAGCCUCAAAAACUCCUCAGCUCGAGAACCCCUCAGCUCAGCUUGA